UCGUCCUCUGUAUUGAACAGGUACUAAAACUAGUAUAUAUAUCGCAUAUAAUAAUAUGCUUGGGUAAAUUGCAAAAGAAUCAGGGAAAAAAAAGUUUUUGGAUGAUCAAGGCGAGGUUUUAUAUUCUCAAGAAAAAGUGAAAAGAGAGGUAAUUGAUUAUUGAAUUGGGAAGGUAGAGAUCACUCAAGCUUGCAGGCCAUAUUCAGUUUUAUUCUCAUCAAACGUGUUGCCACUGAUUCCUCUUGUUCAAAGUUAUUCUGUGCCUCCUGCGGUCUUGGAACGGAAAGCAUGGCAUAAUCCUUUGCCUAAUCUCACAAGUCUCCAAAAGCAGCUUAUAAACACAUGGUACUCAAAGUCAAAAUAAAGAGUUUAUUUUUCAUCGAGGCUCUCAUCUUACCUCCACCACAGAAAUCAACAUUCAAGAAGUUCUACAAAGAUGAUACAACUUUUAUUCAUACUUUUGAUGAUCCAAAUAGCAUUCAUCUUAAUAUUAUCUUUUGCAAAUCCAUUACGAAAAUUGGUGGUCAAGGGGCUAGACCUCUUGAAGCAGGGGAGGGGCCCUUUAGUCACAAAAACUGUGGCAGCAACUAUGUGUGUGGUCUUGAGCUCCACUGUGUAUACUAUAACCAAAAUCCAAAAGCGCUCAAAGGAUGCUGGCAUAGUUAAUCCAACUGAUGAGGUGUUGAUGGCACAUCGUCUCUUGGAAGCAGCUUUCUUGGGAUUCUCUCUGUUCCUUGGAUUGGUGAUCGACAGACAACAUUAUUAUAUUAGAGAGAUUAAUUUACUGAGGAAGAACAUGGAAACAGCUAAAAAAACGAAAUCACAAAGACUCCUUAAAGAGAUGAGUGGAAACUGAGAAGUCCAAAGAUCAAGCUCAAGUAAGCGGAAAGUACAGUUUGCACAUAACCAAUGUCCUGAAAAGGAAAAAAUCUGAAGGAGGAGAACUGUGUUAAAGCAUGAAGAUGUUGCAUGUCCAUUGUAUGAAUGUGCAACACUCAGAAUUGAAUUGAACUGAAUAUACAUACAUAAUUAUUCUAAUUGUGUCUGUAGUUCAUAUAAAUGAUUUAUUUUAUUUUUAUAUAACAAUUACUGAAUGUAAAUAAGUUUCAAAUUUGAA